CCCCCUUUCGAUCCCACGCACUUGCCGCGGACCACUUUUAAACAACCAAGUCAGUACCUUCACGAUAAGACCCCCCGCCACACGAACCAAACUCCGCGAGCAGGUCGACCGUAAUUCACAAAAAAAAUGUCGUCCAACGCGAAUCAUCAAAAGCAGCAGCAGCAGCAGGAGUCUCCCUACUACCAUCCGGAACAUGACCCGACGUUUGACCUGAGCUGGGACUACGGCUACGACAGCACGGAACUCCGGGUUGCCCCACCGACCACGGUCACGCCAGUUGUGUAUUCCGGAGAGAGUCCAAUCAUUACGGCUCAGCCAAAUCGACAAAUUGAUGAUGGAUUAAACUUACGGAUCAUCCCCGAAACUCCGAUCCGAUCGAUCAACAGUCCCUUCCUAACUCCGUUCAACCCUAGAUCAGGUCUGGAUUUCAUGUACGGCCUAGCGUCACUGUUCAUCGAACAGACCUACGAGCUCAAUGAACUGCUAUCAGCUGUAUCGUCGGACAAUCGCUACACCGUUCGUGGUCCGUCCAACGAAGCCAUCUACGGUGCAUCGGAGACCUCGGUUCCGAGUGACCGCUGCUGGGGCUCGCUACGACCCUUUCAACUCUCCCUAGUAGAUCGCAACCACCAGGAAGUUCUGCUAUUCAAGAAGAACCUCGGCUGUGGACUGUUCUGUUGCUUCUGCAAGAAUCAGUUCCUGGAGAUUUGGGCUACCCCAGGGCACCUGAUCGGGUGUAUCCAGCAGGACUACGGACUCACUUCGCGGGAGAUUAUCCUCAUGAACGGGGACUUGAACACGAUGUUCCGCAUCCCAAUACCGCUGGUGGACGCCAUUCGGAUGCCCAAGGAGACGCACUUUCGGGUGAUGGACCGGGAUUUGAGGACACAGAAGGGAACCAUUACGAGGGCGUGGAACGUGGGUAGUUCGUCGUACACGAACAAUAUCUACUUUGCGGAACCGGAGCUGAAUGUGGAGCUGAAAGCUUUGUAUUUGGGGGCGGCGUUCUUGUUGGAAUACAUUUACUUUCAAUCGAAAUGCUGUUGA